ACCUAGAUGUGGUGGUCUACUUUCAGUUUUUCUGUUGCACGUGUAUUUGUAAAUUCAUACCAAAUAAGGAUGUCACAUAAACUGGCAGCAAACCUGACGACAAUGUUUAAAGAACAUUCGUCACUUUUGGCUCGUUAUAAAGCCGCGAAAGACGCCGGCUUUAAGUAUGUGGAGUGUGCGUUCCCAUACGGAGAGUCUCUGGAAUCCAUUCAACAAGCAAGGACGGCAGCCGGAGUAGAACAGGUCCUCAUUAAUGCAUGGCCUGGUGACAUGAAAAAUGGUGAGAUUGGUUUAGCAGCCCUACCUAACAAAGUGAAGGAGUUUCGGGAGAAGUUGGAGACUUCAGUAGAGUAUGCCAAGGCUCUUAACUGUAAACGGAUGCAUGUUAUGGCUGGUUUGAAGCCAGGUUUCCAAGAUGAAGCUAUGGAAGAAGUUUUCAUUGAAAACAUUCGCUAUGCUGCUGAAAGGCUCAGUAAGGACGGGAUUGUUGCCGUCAUUGAACCAAUCAACAACAGACUGUCUAUACCCAAGUACUUUCUGACAGACAUACACAAAGCUGUGGAGUAUAUUAAGAAAAUCGACCAUCCUAAUUUGAAGUUACAAUUUGAUUUUUUUCACAUACAAAUUAUGGAUGGUAACUUGACUGGAAAUCUAAAGAAAUAUCUUCCUUAUAUAGGUCACAUACAGAUUGCUCAAGUACCAGACCGGGGAGAGCCCAGUGAUGGGGAGAUAGACUUCAAGUACAUCUUCAAACUCCUCAAGGAAGUAGGAUAUGAUGGCUACAUAGGACUGGAGUAUAAUCCUCGAGGUAAAACAGAAGAUGGACUGAAAUGGAUACAAGACUAUGGCCUGACACUGUAAAGGAAACGGGGAUUCAAUCUUGUUUAUUUGUUAAUUUUGAAGAAGAUAGAGAAAACUUUCCAGUUGGAAGUGCCUUUGUAAGAAGUGUAUAAUUAAAAAGGUCUUUUUUUGUCAUUCCUGCUUGUAUUGCAAGGAGAGGGGUGGAAGAUAUAACAUACAAAACAGUGGUCAGUACUGGGGCUGUAGUAUAUAAUAUACAAAACAGUGGUCAGUACUUGGGCUGUAAUAUAUAACAUACAAAACAGUGGUCAGUACUGGGGCUGUAGUAUAUAACAUACAAAACAGUGGUCAGUACUGGGGCUGUAGUAUAUAACAUACAAAACAGUGGUCAGUACUGGGGCUGUAGUGUAUAACAUACAAACAGUUGUCUGUACUGGGGCUGUAGUAUAUAACAUACAAAACAGUGGUCAGUACUGGGGCUGUAGUGUAUAACAUACAAACAGUGGUCAGUACUGGGGCUGUAGUGUGUAACAUACAAAACAGUGGUCAGUACUGGGGCUGUAGUAUAUAUCAUACAAAACAGUGGUCAGUACUGGGGCUGUAGUAUAUAUCAUACAAAACAGUGGUCAGUACUGGGGCUGUAAUAUAUAACAUACAAAACAGUGGUCAGUACUGGGGCUGUAGUAUAUAACAUACAAAACAGUGGUCAGUACUGGGGCUGUAGUAUAUAACAUACAAAACAGUGGUCAGUACUGGGGCUGUAGUGUAUAACAUACAAACAGUGGUCAGUACUGGGGCUGUAGUGUAUAACAUAUAAAACAUUGGUCAGUACUGGGGCUGUAGUAUAUAACAUACAAAACAGUGGGCAAUACUGGGGCUGUAGUAUAUAACAUACAAAGCAGUGGGCAAUACUGGGACAGUCAUAUAUCGCUCCUCUUGGUAUGACAUGGUAAUGUCAUGAUAAAAAAUAUAUCAAAUAUUGUGAUAAUCAGAGGAUGUCAUGUUGUUGAAUUUAUUUUCUUGUACAGGGUAUUGUGUGUAAAUGUGGCAGAAAUGUUAUAUAUAUCCAAUCCAAUCCAAAUGAUGUCUAUUUAUAUAAAACCAUAUAUUUUGUUUGAUUGAAGCAUGUAGUCUUUUAUGGGCAUUUUGGGCUACUGACAAUGGGCUGUUAUAUUAUAUUGAGCUUAUGUAUAAUUGUGAUUUAGUCAGAAUGGAAUCAAUUGACCUAUAUGUUCAUGGCUGAGCUUUAAAUAUCAUUUUCAUGAGAAUUUUAAUAUACAAAAUGAAUAAUGGUAUAUAUGUCUUGUUUGAUUGUUAGAAAUAAAUAUUUAGUACCAA